CUCGCCACAACGUACUUAAGUACUGUACGUAAAUUGUUGAUCAAAAUGAAGAUUAAACAUGUAGGGUGAAUAUGAUGGAAAGACCUCGACUGAUUAAUAUAGUGUGAGGCGACUGAUGCGUCUGCGGUUAUUACACGUGUGUGUUAAACUGGUGUUAAAACCGGCCCAUGUGUGAAUACUACCAUCUAAAUACAACUGAGCGAUAAGCCAUGUCUGAUGACAAUAACGUGUCCUAUUUGGACCGCACCACCACAUCUGGAAAUGUCACUACGACGACGAUAAACGCGGAUGAAUACCUUCAAUCACUGAACGACGAGUUCGCGCUGACGAUCCUCCCUACUAUAGUCUUCCUGGCCGCCAUCUUGGUCGUCGGUUUCGUCGGUAACAUUAUCGUCUGCUACAUCUACCUGGCGAAGUUCAAGGUCAGCACUACGCGAUGUUUCGUCGUGACCCUUGCGCUCGUUGACCUUCUGACCUGCUGUAUCGCGAUUCCCGGAGAUGUAUUUGAUUUGAGAGAGAACUACACUUUCAGAAACGUCGCCCUUUGUAAAGUUCUGAGUUUCUGUAACAGUUUCUCCACCAUGGCGUCUGGGGCAGUUCUCAUCGCCAUAGCAACGGACAGAUACAUGAAGAUAUGCAAGCCUCUCGCCAAACAGAUGUCCAUAACUUCGGCCAAGGUCGCCGUCGGGUUGAGCUGUGUGACGUCAGUGUUCGUCUCGUGGCCCAAUUUCAUUCUGUACGGUGCGCGAACAGUUUUGACGGAAUAUCCCGAUAUUAACGGAACCGACUGCUCCACGGACGAUCGAUUCAUCGGAACGAUUUAUCCGCUUCUGUAUAACGGGUUCCAAUUCCUUCUAUUUAUCAUAUCUGUGUUUGUGAUUAUUGUACUCUAUCUCCACAUAUGGCGGACUGUCUUAAAACACGUGGGGUUAAAAGAAAAGAAGACGGAACUCACCAGCAACAAAUAUAUACAGCAGAGAGUUCGCAUUCUGCUAGCAAACGUCAGUAGUACUUCCGGUUCAGAAAUGACACCUUCCGCCGGAAAAGAAUUAGAGGUGAGCAAAGACGGUACUCGUACCAUAAGCACACGACUCGGCGAACCAAUCACAGACUCCGUUACAAAUGAAUGCGAUAGCAAAACACAAACAUCGAAAGCAAAACGACGAACGGUCAAGAGGAGUAAAUCUAAGCGAGAACAGAAAGCGAGGAGAACGACGUUUAUGCUGUUUCUGAUCACGCUGGUGUUCGUGCUCAGUUUUCUUCCCCACCUGGGACUGAUGGCGGCUCGAGGGAUCCACAAGGUCAUGUUCGACAGCUUGAGUCCGGGGGCGACCGCCGCCUACAACUUCUUCCUGAGGUCCUACUUCAUCAACAGCGCAUCCAACCCCAUCAUUUACGGCUUCUGCAAUCUGAGGUUUAGGAUGGAAUGCAAGGCUCUGUUUGUACAGGUGUUUCACACACGGCGGACAUGAACUGGCCUUGCUGUUCAGCGCGUCGUUUUGCACUUGGAUUUUACUAGUUUCAACUGGAAAUGCGAGCUAAAUAUGUCUUUAUAAUGUCAUCGAAUCAGUUCAGUGGAUCUAUUCAAUUGAUUGGGGUUUUUUUCCCGUUCCAACCAGUGCACUACAACUGAUGAAAGGCCGUGAUAUGUGCUUUCUUGUCUGAGGAAAAGUACAUAUAAAAGAUCCCUUGCUGC